AUGGCCCGCGGCGUUGCAUCUCCCGCUCCCGCUCCUCUACCCAAGGUCUCCUUCGUCAAAGUGCAGGAUGAUACGACCAACCAGCCAACAGGAGUCCACGACCAACAGGCAAGGUCUUACGGCUACAACGAUUUCUCCGACUUUCGGAGACCCGAACAUUACAUUCGGUACAUCGAACCACUGGAGAGUGAACUGGCUGUGCAAGUGGAGUACGACAUGGACGAGCAAGAUCAGGAGUGGCUGGAUGCUAUAAAUGCCGAGCGGAAGAAGGAACAGAUGGACAAGGUAUCUUACGAGAUCUUUGAGAUUGUUAUGGACCGCUUGGAGAAGGAAUGGUUUGACCUGACCAAGAACAUACCCAAGCCAGAUCUCGCUCUACCCUCGGAAGACUCGACGUGUGCCAUAUGCGAUGACUCGGAAGGAGAGAACACUAACGCUAUCGUGUUUUGUGAUGGCUGCAACCUCGCCGUGCAUCAAGAUUGCUAUGGUGUACCAUACAUUCCUGAAGGCCAGUGGCUUUGUCGGAAGUGUACCGUCUCUCCGGAGAACCCAGUGUCAUGCAUCCUAUGUCCAAAUGAAGGGGGUGCUUUCAAACAAACUGUUCAUGGAGACUGGGUGCACCUUCUCUGCGCAAUUUGGGUACCCGAAACUCGUGUUGCCAACGACGUCUUCAUGGAGCCCAUCACAGGUGUGGAUAGAAUCUCCAAGCAGCGGUGGAGACUGAAAUGCUCCGUCUGCGAUAUCCGCCAAGGAGCUUGCAUUCAGUGCACAAAGUCCUCAUGUUUCCUCGCCUUUCACGCCACUUGCGCCCGUAAAGAGAAGCUCUUGAUGCCGAUGAAGUCCUCGCAAGGAUCGGAAGCGCCAGCCCUCGCCUGCUACUGCGAGAAGCAUCUGCCUAAGGAGCAGCAGGAGGCUCGCGCUGCCGCCCUCGCAGCAGAGCAUUCGGACGAUCACGCUUACGAUGGACGUCCGCCGAGUCCCAAGUCGUCCAAGACAGCACGGGCGUAUGCCAAAACGUACACGCCCGGUCCGCCCCUUGUCCCGCACGUUAUCGUCGAGCGCAUUCUGCAGUACAUUGGUAAGGUGGUUCUCCGACACAAGCGUGAAUUCGUGCUGCUCGUAUGUAAAUUUUGGAGCCUUAAGCGUGAAGCUCGUCGCGGCGCGGCGUUCUUGAAGCGGCUGCACCUCGAGCCGUGGACCGCGUCUUCGGGAGGGAAGCAGCAGACGGACGAGGAAAAACUUACGAAACUCGAGUUCAUGAAGCGUCUUAGGCGAGAUCUUGACAGCAUACGCACGCUAACAGAGCUCAGUCGGAAGCGUGAGAGUCGAAAGCGCGACCAAGCUGAGACCAUCCAGGAUGUUUUCUCUCGCUUCCUGUUCUCGAAUGAGCCUCCGCUGAGGAUGGCGUUCGAGAGAAUCAUGGGAUUUGACCGUCAGGAUUACUUUAAGAAUCCCGUGUCUAAAAUUGAUGUGCCCGAUUAUUUUGACAUAAUCAAUCACCCGAUGUGCUGGACCGUCAUCGAUCGUAAGCUCGAUCGGCACGAGUACUGGGACCUCCAGGAUUUCAAGCACGAUGUGAACCUCGUUCUCAAUAAUGCGAUGACUUACAAUAAACAAGGAACUCCUUUUUUCAAAGCUGCUCAGAGGAUCAAGACAUCCAUUGAACCUAUCUUGGCCGAACUCGACAAAAUUGCAUCUCGAGAAGCUGGAUACUUUGACGAGGCCACAUCUCCAUUAGUGGCAGCACCAUCUGAUUCAAAGCUCACUAUCGGUGACCUCGAACCUCCACUCUACCUGCUUGAUCUGCUCGUCACCGAGGAUGUCAUUAAAGACCAAACCAGCCUCAUUAUCGGGAAAGAGCCGCUAGUGUCGUUGUUCAGCUACGAGCUCCCACAGUUCCGUCCGCCACCCCCACCACCUCUUCCCAAGCCGAAGCGUAACCGCAGGGCCGACCGCGAACGUAAGCGCCGUGAGCGCGAGGCGCAGGCGCAGGGCCUCGACGCGUCGCCCGGCUUUCGCGCACCCCGAACACGCCGCGCCGUUGCUGCAGCUGCAGCAUUCGAGGCUGAGGUGGCCGGUAGCAUCCAGGCUGGCCCGUCUGACGCCAGCGAGGAUGCAACUACGGAGAGCGUGUCAGCUGGCAGUCCUAGGAAGAGGGCGAAACGUACUCCCGCAUCAACUCCCGCGCAGGAGCCCCAGGUGGUACAGGAUGUGGACAACCAGCAGUCAUUCAGAAUGUUCGAUAACGGGUGGAUCUUUCCGCCUGACCAGCGCCGCGGAGGAAGAGCGCCCAUUGAACGGUACCCGCUCCCUCCUCCCAGGAAGAAGCUGCCAAAGACAUCUCGCGACAAGUCCCAAUUGUCUACUUUCAGCACAUCAGCUGCUGAGAAUGAGACCUUGCACGCUACUACGCUCCUAGAGAACGCUCCUGAAUUAGCCUCAGCCGUGCCUGCUCCAGAGGCGACAAGCGAGCCCAUGGAGGUUGAUCAGACGGCUGUGGAGGUUGACCAAGUGGCUCCGGAGACAGAGCCAGAGAACAUGGACGUGGACAAGCCCGACGAGCGCAUACCUGUUCCCAAGCCUGUUAUCACUGAGGAGUUAGACACUCCAGGUAUCCGGCGGAAGAAGAACAUGCAACGUAGGGCUGAGAGACUUGCGGAAGCCGAAGCUGCUGUUACUGCUACUACCACCCCCUCUUUAGAAGCCGAAACUGCAGCUACGUCGACCCUUGUACCACCAGUGGCAGGACCUUCAGAGCCCAUCAUUACCGUGAUAGAUUCUCCAGUUGUCACGCGGAAGAAACUUGUGCGCCGCAAGGCAGAAAAUCGUGGUGCAACUGCCGCCGCCGAAGCUGAUGCUGCCCCAGCUACUGAGUCUCCCGGUCCCUCCGCCACCGCCGGACCUAUAAUCAUCGAGGUAUUAGAUUCACCGACUAUCCGGCGGGAGAGACAUAUGCGACGCAAGGCGGAGAAGCUUGCUGCUGAGACUGCCAUUGCGGCCGCCGCUGCCACCCCCCAAAGAGCUGUGGCUGAUUCAGCCGUUGAGGCGCCAACGUCAGGUCCGUCGACUAUUACCGAGCGCAUCAUUAUUGAGGAACUAGACACGCCAAUGACCCGGCGGAAAAAGAACAUGCGGCGUAAGGCGGAGAGGUUUGCUGCUGCAACUGAAGCCGCUGCCAAAGCUGAAGCCAGGGCUCUAGUCGAAGCUCAAGCAUCGCCGACCGCUGCUCUGGCAGAAAUUGAGGCUUCCACCACUGCGAUUACUUCGGCAUGGGAACCUGCAGCAGCAGAAUCCGAGGCUGAAGAGGAAGAAGAGCUAGACUCGGACUCGGAUUUGACCUCCCUCGGCGAUUCGACUGAUGAUGAGGUGAUAACCGAGCAGCCAGCAGCAAACAGAUCCCCAGCUUCGCCGCGGCGAAAGCAGCCAGCUCAAGUACAUUCAGCAGGUCCUACUACAAGACGGGCAUCACGUUUGCAAAACGCGCCUCCAGUUGAGGCUGGCGCUGUCGUUCUCGGCGACGGGGAGUAUCUCGAGGGUGGGACGCUUGUAUGGGCAAAAGCGAAGUCUUUCCCAUGGUGGCCAGCUGUGGUGUUUGAGGAGGAUGAUCCAUCAAUACCGAAAUAUGUCCUCGACCUGAAGGAUGAAUCCUCGCAGAAUGAAGACAAACAAUUACAUGUUAUUCGGUUCUACGACUCUGGCAACACCUGGCAAUGGGUUCGUUUACCUCAACUGAGGAUGCUCGGAGAGGACACGAGUCUGGAUGACGACAUGUUAGCGAAGACUUCGAGAAGGCAGAAGUGGAAAAACCAGAAUGUCAGGGGAGAGUGCAGAAAGGCAUACAGAGACGCAAUGGCGGAAAGAGAGGCUGAGGGUGACGAGACUGAGGCUGGCUCCAAAGAAGCGGCAAUUGCACCCGAUGGAAUGGGCAGUCAUCAAACGGAGUCCGCGACUGCAGUUAACAACCCCGCAGUCCCCGAUAGCCCGAUGCUGGAGGUUGAGAGCUGA